GAGCCGAGCGCGGCUAAUCUGUACGGAGACAGCAGGCCCGCGCCGAUUGGGUCGCUCGUGCACGGAGGGGCGGGGCUUGCGCGGCACCUCGGCGGGCGGAGAGGGAUGCGGAGACAAUAGGGCAGCAGCAGCGUUACAGCCGAGCGGCGAAAGUGGCGGCUGGACGACGGACCGUCAUUCGGCUGCAGUCAGAUAUCGGGAGUGCGCGCACCGGGACAGCGCCCCUGCAUGCAUAUUCACGAAGGAAGACGACGAGGCGGAUAAUCUUCAGUCACACGUCACUCCACUUGGAGAAGCAAAAUGAGCUCGUCACCUUUGGUGUCCCGCGCGCCCAUCGACAUCCUGGAGGAGCUGCAGCUCAUCGCGGCCCAAAAUCUGGAGAAGGUGGAGGUCAGCAAGUACUACGAGGUGAUGAGGGAGCUGGGCAAGGGCACCUAUGGCAAGGUGGACCUGGUCAUUCACAAGAUCAGAGGCACAAAAAUGGCCCUCAAGUUCCUGAGAAAGAAAACCACAAAGCUGAAGAGCUUCCUCCGUGAAUACAGCAUCUCGCUGUACCUGUCGCCCUGCCCCUUCAUCAUCAACAUGUUUGGCAUCGCCUUCGAGACCGACGAGUACUACGUGUUUGCCCAGGAGUACGCGCUGGCCGGCGACCUGUUUGACAUCAUCCCCCCCCAGGUGGGUCUUCCAGAAACGGUGGCCAAGCGGUGCGUUCACCAGGUCGCCAUCGCGCUGGACUAUCUGCACUGUAAGAAGCUGGUGCACCGCGACAUCAAGCCCGAAAACAUCCUCAUCUUUGACAAGGAGUGCCGCAAAGUAAAACUGUCCGAUUUCGGCAUGACCCGGCGGGCGGGCUCGCCCGUCAAAAGGGUGAGUGGCACCAUCCCGUACACGGCCCCCGAACUCUGCGACGCCUCCAAGCACGACGGCUUCUGUGUGGAUUACAGUACAGACGUGUGGGCCUUCGGGGUGCUCCUCUUCUGCAUGCUGACUGGCAACUUCCCCUGGGAAAAGGCCCUGCCCUCGGACACCUUCUACGAGGAGUUUGUGCGGUGGCAGAGGCGCCGCACGGGCACGCUGCCCUCGCAGUGGCGCCGCUUCACGGACGAGGCCUUGCGCAUGUUCCGCAAGCUGCUCUUCCUGGAGCCCGAGAGGCGCUGCACGGUGAAGGAGGUCUUCAGCUACUUCAACCACUGCUGGAUGCUGGACAACGAAAGUGGGGGCCACCUGACCGACAUCAGCUCCUCUUCCUCGGAGGAAGACCUGGUUGACCGCAUGAAGCAGCAGACCCUGUCGCCGGUCUGCGGCAUCGCAAAGAGCAGCAUCAUCAUGGAGACGUCGCCCCACUUCUCCUCCGUGUCCACCGCCAGCUCCCUGUCGUCCACCAGCAGCUACGAGCGCGUGACCCGCGAGACCACCGGCAGCCGCAUCCUGGUGGCCACCCCCAUUGAGAUCUGCGUGUAGGGGGGGGGGGGGCUCGGCGCCAACUGCAUUCUCAUAAACAUCACCUCCAGCGCCGUGACCCCCCCCCCUCCCCAGUUGGGGGGUCUGGCCUUCACGUGGCAUUCAUCUCUCCAGGACUAAACCGGUAAACGGCACACAACAAAACUUUUACUUUCUUUCUCUUUAAAAGGGCAAAUCUGAAGAUUUCUGACGUUGUGGAUCUCUUAUGACGAUGUGGACCUGAAAUGGCGUUCAGGACCCCCUCACUGCUCCAGUGAUCUUUCCAGCGACUCUGCGUCUGAAUUGUUACAGUUGACCAAAACUUUAUUUCUUAAAGCAAUACGUUAAAAAAAAGAUUUUCCUGCAAAAAAAAAAAAAAACGUGAUUUGGACGCACCAGGAAUAGAGCAAAAAAAAAAAAAGGGCGACGUGAGCGGCGGUGGGCAGAACCGAGUGCGUGUGGCUUUGAACUUUUGUACGUAUGAAGCUCACAGGUUUUAGAUACUGCAAAAAAAAAAAAAAGACAACGACGACGCCAAGCAUUUUUUUAUUUCAUUCUUUUCAUUUCUUUCAUUGAAUUUUCAAUUCUUCAAAGUCUAUUUUUGCUAUUUAAUUUUGUAAGGUAUUGCUAAGCUGUGGACUGGCUGUGCUUUUUGAUAUUUGGGUUUGUGCCUGGCAGGGGUGGCCAUGCACAGGACUUUUUCAUUCACCUCUUUCUUUGCUGGGCUCACGUCAGCCUGGCAUCAGAACUCCAGCGGGCAGGAAGUUCACGUUGUGGCGUUGCGGACAAAGUCGGAUUUCAAAUGACGACGGCAGCACUUUUUAAACGGAGGAUGCUGCAUCGAUAAUAUAGCGCCUUUCACCCCCCCCCACGCCUCUCUGCAUUUUGGCUUGGUGGCUUUUUGUGUCUUGUCAAGUCACUCGUCUCUCUCAUCUGUAUUUUCAAAUUUCGGCCUACCGCCAUUUCCAUUGUUUGGGGCUAAUGCCUCAGUUUGCUUUUAUUUAUUUUUAGCCCCCCAAGGGGACACUGAUUUGAAAUGAAUUUUCAUGAGAGCCAAGCCAAGUGCACAGGGAGGCCGAUACGUCUCUUUAAGAUUGACUAGAAGGUUUUCACUUUUCUAUGCCUGCCGCUUUCCACAAAGCAUCAAUGGCGCUCCACUCUGCUUCGUUCAAUUGUGCUGAAGGCUGCAGUCACUGGUGCCACCGGCGAGGGCGCUCUUGAGCUUACGGAACACGACUCGCCUGCUCUGCUGCUGUCGCGUUUUUACGUGUUGAAGUGUUCAGCUUCUCAUUUCCUAAGCACUUAGGCCGCCGUCACACACAUCUGCACAGCACUCGAUUCUCGGGCGGCGCAUGAAGCAUUUUUUUAAUUUAGUGGUAGCUGUGCCUGCAGGCUUCCAUGUCGUUAGCUCAUGUGAGAUGGCGUGCAAGUGGGGCACAGCGGCCUUCUGUCACCCUUUUUAUUCGGUUAUUUGACUGUGACAAGUUGCUGCUGAGCUGAUCUCUGCCCAUUACAACGACAGGAGGCCAUUUGAGCCUGGCUGUGUCUCCUGGCCUUGGCAAAUGAGGGGCAGUGUGGUAAAAGGAGUACAGAAGACCACCUGCUACCCAUAAUGGUAAGCGGGGGGAGGGGGAAACCAUGGGCAGAAGGCCCUGGUCACAUGACUAGUAUGCAGACUUCACGCUAAAUCGUAAAUCGAUGUCAUGUUACGUGACUUGCCUACUGCCAUCGCUGAUCUCAUCACCGGCCCGAUUUGAUUGAAACAACUGACAAUCGCCCACCAUGCCGACUUUCCAGCACAGUUGUUUUCUCUCGUUUUUCUGACAGCCAAUGGCGAGCUGUGUGACAGAGCCGGGGUUGUACGAAGGGUUCACGUUGACAGUGAGUUCAGAUGCAAUCACGGGGGCCGCGCUCUCUCUCUACGCCCACCCCCAUUCCAUCACAGUACAUAAAACACGAGGCACCAAACAGAGGGGCUUCUCUUUUGUUUGAGGGGUCCUCAUCCCUGUCGUCAGGGAGUUGUACUUCUGCUUGGCAUCUGUCACACACACACACGGAGGGCAGCCCUCUGACUAAAGACAAAACCAAUCCUGCCUCAGGGACGAGUUGAUGGACAUGUCACACUACGUGUCCCCAAGUGCCCCCACCUUGCUAAGAUGAUGUAAAUGAGGGCUACAACUGAAAACCGCUGGGAAGGUCGUCUAGAUGGGACAUGUCCUUACAAAGGAAACUCGACAAAAGUUACAAAAGCAUGUGCUCAGACCACCUCAAUCCAGUUUGGGAUGACCCCCCCCCCCCAACCUCAAUCCAGUUUAGGCCCCCCACGUGAGUCCAGCCAGACCGUACUGAACACAAGGCAGGCGCCAGCAGGCCCCUCACUGAUCCCACUCACGCUCAGAGUCUCACCUCGUCCAUUUGUACAAAGAAGGGCUCCCUGACCCUGAUGGAGGUCUUGAUCCUGGGGGGUACCCAGUUGAGAGAGCACAUCAGGGUUCAGCAUUACCAUUGGUCCACUUUACUGUCCCCCGGCUGGGUCUGCGUGUCUGGCGUCCUCUGUGCACGUUCAGUAAUUUAAAACACUCGUUCAUGAAAAAAAAUAAUAAAACAUUUAGGGGAAAAAAAAAAAUCAAAGAAAGAUUUAGAAUCCGCUUUCAGCUCUCCGUCCAGGGCCGUGUGACCGGUAGACCCUCCUGGUGAAAGGCGCUAUAUCAUUUUGAGUUUGCGUUUCUCGGCAGGUCCUUCGAGUUCGGCUUUGCGCAGGCCGGCAGACGUCAGCUGUUGCUCCGUUAGGAGGUCAUUGUUAGAAUUUGAUUUGCUCGCUUCAUUCUGACGGCUUUGGGGUGGGUCUGCUCGAUGGGCGGGGCUUACACAUAUCUGAAGAAGCAAAGCAGAAGGCGACGUUCGAGUGUCGAGGACUCUGCUGUAGCACAAGCUGUUAGUGCGACUGAGCGUUGACAGACUUUACAACUCAACUAGGGCUACUCUCUCUCUCUCUCUCUCUCUCUCUCUCUCUCUCUCUCUCUCUCACUCUCACUCUCUCUCUCUCUCACACUCUCUCUCUCUCUCUCUCUCUCUCCCUCUCUCUCUCUCUCCCUCUCUCUCUCUCUCUCUCACACACACUCUCUCUCUCUCUCACUCUCUCUCACACACUCUCUCUCUCUCUCUCUCUCACACACACUCUCGCUCUCUCUCUCUCUCACACACACUCUCUCUCUCUCUCUCUCCCUCUCUCUCUCACACACACUCUCUCUCUCUCUCUCUCCCUCUCUCUCUCUCUCACACUCUCUCUCUCUCAUUCCCCCCCCCCUCUCUCUCCCUCUCUCUCUCAUUCCCCCCCCCCUCUCUCUCUCUCUCCCCCCCCCUUUGUGCUGUGUUUGUAUAUUCAGCUGUUUGUAUUUGUGUACAUGUGAGACUAAUCAACAGGGGGAGGAGCUCCCUGCGGAGAUGGGCCCGUCUGAUUGGAGGCUCAGUGUCUCCGCCUUCUCUUUCCUCUCCUGUGUUGGUUUUGUUUUCUUUUGAUUGAUUGUAUUUUAUUUAUUUAUUUAUUUAUUUUAUUUAUUUAUUUGUAAUAACGGAGGGCCAAGAGGCUUAAAGACUAAUCUCAGUAUCUUUUAAAGUGCUGCAAGAACGGGACUCAAAAAGGAAAACCCUAAAAGCCGCACACGGCGGACUUCAGAACGGCUCCGGAUUUCCAGCUCCGCGCUUUGCCUUCUUCAACUCGACGACGUUUUCGGUUGACUAUUUGUGUGGUGGUUUGUUUUUUUUUUAUUUCUAGGCACAUUUGCAUGAAUUUAAGAUUAUACUUCUGAAAAUAUAGAAGAAUUCAAUGAGAUUUAAACAAACAAAAACAAAAGAAAAAGGUCCUUACUUGUGCGGGUGGCUUCAUGCCCGUUCUGCUUGGCGCGCCAUCGGCGGGUCGUCUGCCACUCUGUGUCAUCAGCUGGGCGCCCCUCCCGGCCACACGAGGCGCCAUCGUCUCAUUUUCUUUCCUCGUAAGCAGAAGAGAACAAAACGGGACGGGGACCCUUCAUCGACUGACAAGUGUGUGAACACCGACCGGAGAAAAAUCAAAUCAAAGAAGUCAAGGAGGAGAAGCGGAGAGGACGAGCGGCCCGUUGGCAAAGCGUAGACGAGGACGGCGAGUGUGUGGCCAGUGUUGUGUUGGACUCCCUUUGUCUUUUUGUGAAGUGAUGUAUCCAAACGCCCCAACGUGGAGUUUUAGCUGUGGGGUAUUUAACGCUAGAACUCGUGUCUGAUUCCGUCAUCGCAAUACGAUUGUCUUCCUGUAAUUCCUCAAAUCUCAAAGAAAAAGAAUUAAAAAAAAAAAAAAAAAAAGGAAA